AUGCUCGACCAACUGCCGUCCCCCACGCGCUCGCUCGACGACCUCGCCCGCGAGGAGAAGUCCUUCACCUUCUCGCACUUCACGUGCGAGCACGCCUGGGUCAUCGGGAACAUUCUGCGCAACGCGCUGCGCACGGCCGACGCGCCGGCUAUCAUUCACAUCUCGCUGGCCGCGCACCAGACGCUGUUCCACGCGCCUAGCAUGCCGGGCUUGAUGCCUGACGACGAGACGUGGGUGACGCGCAAGCGGGCCACGGUGCUGCGCUGGGGGCAUAGCACGUGGUACAUGGCGUGCAAGUUUGGCGGGAGCGAGCGCUCGUUUGCCGAGCAUUAUGGGCUGGCGGCUGAGGAGAAGGGGCGGUAUACGUGUGAGGGCGGGGGAUACCCGGUGUUUGUGAAGGGGGUCGAGGGCGUGGUGGGCGCGAUUGUGGUGGCCGGGCUGGAGGGCGAGCAGGCGCAUGGCGUGGUUGUGAAGGCGGUGGAGGAGUAUAAGGAGUUGAGGAACGAUUUUAGGAGCCCGAUGCGGAGCAUGACGAUGAAGUGA